ACAUGUUUCAAACAAUUAUUUUAUUAUGCGUGCUUGGUUUCACGUUUGUGCAAACAGCAAAAGAACAUUUACUUUGCAAAUCAGCGCUCCUUGAAGUCUGGAUUACAUUUUGUGAUGAAAAGGACUCCCCAACGUUUUUGGUAGACAACUGUUCAUAUGAUAAGAAAGAGAAAAUGAAUAUCACUAUUAUAUGGAUUCCAAAGAUGAAUUUAGAACAAUUAAAACUAGUGAUUGAGACCUGGCAUCAAUCUAUGAAAUUCAGCAAGAAAAUAGUUGAAAUCUGUUCAGAUAUGGAUGGUGAAUAUGAAUUUUGCAACAUAUUAAAAGGAGAGACUACACAAGUGUCAAUUCUAAAGGACCUUAACAAUAUCUCAUUCUUUAAGGGUACAUUUAUUAUACGUCUUUGGCUAUUUGCUGGUGAAAAAGAAGAUCUCGCCUUUUGUUUUAAUGCGACCUUAAUUUUUAAGUAGUAAGAACAUCAUCCAUUAUAUGUUUUCUUGAUGAAAAAUAAGACCGUAUGACACCUUGCAAUAACAUUU